AUGAAGGGUGAUUUGGUCUCUAGCCCGCUGUCUUAAUCAAGUAUACUAAAUAGAUUGCAAAGUAAUAAUUUUAUAAAGUAAGGGGAGUGCUGUAUCUAUUAAAUUUAACUUGAUUAGAAAAUUGGCCAAAAAUCCAGUUUAAAGGAAAUCCUUUAAGGGUAUAAGCUGUGAGAAUACAAGAUUAGGGCAGUUUUGGGUAUCUUGAAAGGUAUAAGCAUGGAUGAAAAGAAUUAAUGCUAAACUAAUCCAUUUGAAUAGACUAUAACUUUAUAUUAAUAACAUGCAAGUAAUCUUGAUUAGGUUUAAUAAAAAAUCCUAAAUCAGACUAAAAAUUAGGUUAACUCGUAUGAAUAAUUACAUGUUUUAUAUUAAAUUCUCAUUAAUUCCUUGAGUUAUUAUAUAAUAAAUAUGGAUAACAAGAGUAAAUAAAUGAAGACAAUAUUUGAUGUACUUAAAAAUUAGAAAAUGACUUAGUUAUAUUAAUGGAAAUGAAUGAAAAUUUGGAAUAGAAAAGUAAAUUUAGUAAUUAAUAAAUAAAAAUGAAUCUGCUAUAGCAAAUGACAAAGUCAUUAGAUUAGAAGCAAUAAGAACAUUAGGAAGAUCUAGCAAAACAACACUUCGAAGUAUUUCUCAUUUAAAUAUAUAGAAUAAAGAGAAAUCAAUGAGAUACAUGAAAAAUUGAAAUAAAAGGAAAAAGAUAACCUACAUUGCAAAUUAUUAUUUGAUAACAAACUUAAGAAAUAGCAGAUCUAAUAAGAUAAAAUGAGGAAGAUAAAUAAAAAAUAAUACAUUCUUUAGAGGAUUAAAGUAUAUUGUUUUUAUAGUUUAAUACAGUGCAAUGAAAUCGCUGAAAUAAAUAAAAAAAUGAAUUAAAAGGAAUUAGAAAUAAAGGGAGUUUAUAAAUAACUUGGUCAAAUUAAUCAAGUCAAGUUGGAAAAUGAAAACCUUUAAAAUUAUUAUUACUAAAAGUAAUUAUUAAUUGAAUUAAAAUAAUGAUAGACGUAUGAAUACUUAGAAGGGUGUAAAUUGUUAUGUAAGUGAAGGGUGGAAAAGCUGUUUAAAAUCCUACAAAUGGAAAUUAGUAUUGUCUUUGCGAAAAAGUAAUUCCAAAGAUCGAGAAAAUAUUAUUUGCAUUCUAAAUGCUGAGUGGAUUUAGCUUUCUUGUUGGAAUUGGGUUUAGAGAUAUAAUAUCCAAAAAUAAGUAUACAAAUUUAGGAGUUGGGUAUACGUAUUAAUCCAUUAGAUUAUUAAUAGAUCAUAUUUAAUUAGAGAGAAUGGAUUUAUUUACUCUCAUCAUAAUAACAAUAUAUAGAUGAUAAAUACUUAUCUUUCCAGUGAUGUCAUAAAAGUUGAGGUAAGUAUUGAGCAUAAAUAUAUUAAGUGGAUAAAAUAAUGUAAUCCGCUAUUGGAAAUAAAUGUAAAUAUCCAUCAAUUAUUACUAGUAAAAAAUAGAUACAUCACUAACAUAAGAAUUAUAUCCAUGUGUCAAUACAUGGUACAAUUCUAAAAUAAAAAUCCUUUAUAAAAUUCCAGAUUUUAAUUGA